CCCUUUAAACACCCGAGGAAGGCUUCCGUAUGUCGACUGACAGGUUCGUAUUCAUGAGGUCGUAGUCCUACAGUACCAACAGCACAGCAGGUAGAGCAGCAAAUGGUUUGAUCCAGAUCUUGCUGUAGCGGUUAGAUGGCCAUGAUGGAGGGGGACAACAAACCAGUCUACGAGCAGAGGUUCAAUGCUGCUGUCAAAGUGAUCCAAAGUUUACCUUCAAACGGUUCAUUUCAGCCUUCCAAUGACAUGAUGCUGAAAUUUUAUAGCUACUACAAGCAAGCAACACAAGGCCCCUGCAACAUCCCCCGUCCAGGAUUCUGGGACCCCGUUGGCAAAGCCAAAUGGGAUGCGUGGAAUUCUCUUGGAGAAAUGGCAAAAGAGGAAGCGAUGGCAGCCUAUGUGGAUGACUUGAAACUGAUUCUGGAAAGUAUGCCGGUAACAAAUGAGGUAGAGGAGCUUCUGCUGAUCAUUGGACCAUUCUACGAGCUCGUUGAUGAAAAGAGGAAGAUAUCGCAAGUGUCAGAUUUAAGCUCAGCCCGCUUGGAAAGAUUUGCUAGGCAACUUGAAGGCUUUGGGAACCUGCUAACGUCACCACCCAAAAGUGUCACAAAAAGCAUCAUCAGGACGAUGGAGAUGAACGGCAGCCUGGACAGUUACUCUGUCAAAACACCAAUAAUGCCAAAGACUAAAUUAAUAGAGCUGGAAGAUGGAGUAAAUGAUAAUGAGGAGGAAGAAGAGGAGAAAGACGAUGAAGAGGAGGUUAAAGAGGUGAAAAAAGCCUCACAACCGAAGAAAAGGGCUUCUACAGGGAGACUUAAAGGACCGGUAUCUAACGGCAAUAUCAGUCAACAUAAAGUCCUUACCAAUGGAACACACGGGUCAAUGUCUGAUCUAAACAGGCAAGAUUCAGAAGAAGACUCUGAAAGCAUUAACCAUGCCGGAGACAUCGUAGAGCUCAGACACAUUAAAAGUGAGGAGAAGGACUUUGAAGAAGAUGUGUCCAGUUCUCACCAUGUGGCCAGUGAUUCAGACAGCGAGGUGUACUGUGACUCUGUCGACCAGUUUGGCGGAGACGAAGGAUCUGAGACACACAUCAACCACUCACUGGACGUGGCCGAGGAGAGCCACAGCAGGCUGUCCUCCACAGAGGAGGUCCGAUCACAGGAGGAAGUGCUGGGACAAGAGGAAGGUGCACAGCAUGGAGGAGAAGAUGGACGGGGCAGCGAAGGAGCUUCUCAGAGACAGGGACUUCCUGCGAAUAGAAGUAACAGUUCUGUGGUCAAGAGGGGAAGAGGGUCCAGGUCACCUGCCUUUGGCUCCGGGCCUGCAGGAUCACAGCAGGGCAGUGGGGGAGAUGGGGAACGCUGGGGGACGGGCGGACCUGUGAUGGAGAACCUCAACCAACAGAUCAUCUGUGCUCUGGCCAGACUGCAGGAAGACAUGCAGAGCGUGUUAGAGAGACUGCACACGCUAGAAGCUCUGACAGCCGUACAGGCCCGAUCCUUAGCGCUGCCGUCAGACUACCUGUCACCGCCUGUAAAUAAAACUAAGAAGAAGCCAUCCUGGUGGCCUUUUGAUGUGUCUCCUGGAACUGUGGCCUUCGCCGUCAUCUGGCCAUUUGUGGUGCAGUGGCUCAUCCGUCUGUAUCUGCAGCGCAGGAGAAGAAGAAUCAACUGAAAGGAAUGAACUGAUGGUUGGAUCAGAGGAGAGGUGUGUUGCGUUUAGGAGGAGGAGGGCGUUUCUCUGCCUGUCCCGUGAUCUCUAACUCCUGCUUUUGCACUAUGAUGACGACAACUCUUGAGAAUCAGUGAACGGAAAGACUGAGUGAAUGUACAGCAUUACAGAUUAUCAACUUUUUUUUGUAACUUUUUUUUUUUUUAGUGUAAAAUUGACAGUGUGAAAUCUCUGAUUUGGGUAAUUAAAAGUAGUAAUUAUCUUUCAUAGUAGUUAUGAAAACCCAGUUAAUAAAAAUGCAUUAUUAUAACUUAUGUCACUUAUAUAUAAUUCAGUGUUCUGUGCUCAUAUAGCUGCUAACUGUCAUUAAUACUGUAGCAAAGAUUAAGAUGCACUGAUGAACCAGUAACCGGCCCACAUCAAGGGCUGCGAAUAGCAAAUUUGUUAGAGGUACUAAGAGUAACAUUUUUAAUAUCUAGUCUUGACAUUUGCUCAAGUGAUCUGUGGUGCUUAUCAAAGCCAUAAUGAGCAAAAUCAUGCGUAUUUUAAGGGUCAGAAGGCAAUAAAGAGAUUUAUGUUCUUCAUCAUCA